AUGACCACCACAACAACGACUCAGCACCGAUUACCGGUCAGACAACUGGUCAUACUCUCAAUAUGUCGUUUCGCCGAACCCAUAGCCCUCACCUCUGUCUUUCCUUACAUGCCAGAACUCAUGGAGUCCUUUGGCAUUCCCGAAAACGACAUCGCCCGCUGGGCUGGCAUCGCAUCCUCAAUCUUCUCAAUUUGCCAGGCUUUCACAGGCCUCAUAUGGGGCGCCGCAUCUGACCGUUAUGGCCGCAAGCCCAUCAUUCUUCUUGGCCUGUUGAACACGAUGUGGACCAUGUUGCUCUGGGGAUUCUCUGUCAACUUGCCCAUGGCGCUGGCGGCGCGCGCACUGCAGGGCUUGACGAAUGGCAAUGUAGGCAUUCUGAGGACAACAGUCGCAGAGCUAUGUCCGUGGAAGGAAUUGCAGCCCAGGGCGUUCAGUGUAAUGCCGCUCGUCUACACCGUGGGCGCCAUUUUUGGACCGACAUUAGGAGGCGCACUAAGUAAUCCUUUGAGAAUAGAUCCUAGGAAGCCUAGAGGAAGCGAAUUCCUGGAAAAGUUUCCCUAUGUGCUACCCAAUAUCGUGGCAGCAGGUUUUUUUACGAUAGGGAUUGUAAUCGGAUGGCUUUUUCUCCAGGAGACGCUAGAGACGAAGAGAGGAAAGAAAGAUCUAGGUCUUAGAACAGGAGAGAAGAUUACACAAUUUGCGAGGAAAACUUUCCGCUUAAAGAGGAGAGAGAAGUGUGGUGAUGGGGAAAGCGAGCCGCUGUUAGGUCAGCGAAAGGUGGAUUCUGAUACGCCAGGCGAUUCAAACCUUGUGGGCGAGGUCAACAAGAAGGCAAGGCCAACAGUACGAGACGUGUUGACGUACCAAACGACAUUGAACCUUAUUGUCUAUACGCUCUUAGCACUAUACACGCUCGCUUUCGAUCAAUUCUACGGAGACCCCCAUAGAUCCCUGCCGUUGAAAUUCGCGGGCGGUUUUGGUAUCGAUUCACGCCGAAUUGGCCUUAUCUUCACAAUCUUCGCCAUCAGCUCCACACUGUGCCAAUUCUUGAUAUUCCCACCCACGGCUCGCCGUCUCGGUGUACUGACAUGCCUACGAAUAGCUUUCCUUAUAUUCCCAUUCGUGUUCUUUGUCACGCCCUUUGUCUCGCUCAUCCCCGAUCCCACGGCCCGCGAGGCUACAAUGAUUGCAUUGCUCAUGGUCAGGGGUGUAGGAGGAACUUUUGCGUUUCCAACGAGUACGAUUAUGCUUACGAAUAGCGCGGCUAGUUUGAGUGUACUCGGGACGAUCAAUGGGCUCGCGACUAGCGUUAGUGCGGUGGGCAGAGCAGUGGGACCGUCGAUUGGAGGCGGCCUUUUCACGUGGGGUGUUAAGAGAGGGUAUGUGAUUGUGCCGUUCUGGACGUUGAGUGCGAUCUCGUUGGUGGCGGCUAUUCCUACUUUCUGGCUAGUAGAAGGCAAGGGGUUUGGUGGUGAAGAUGACGUAGUAGACGAAGAUGAAGAAGAAAGCGUGCUACAGGUGCAGAAUGUAUGGAGAGGUGGAACACCACAACCGCAAAACGUACGCGACAUUGAAGAGACAGCACUGUCAGAGUCGGAAUUUGGAGAACCAGCGGACAUGAACAUCCUAAGCUACUGUUCCACAAGGUCCAGUGUUGCGGCCAUAUCGGAGGAUGGCAAUGAAUCUAGCGAUGCAGAGGAGCAUACUGGGAGGAGACGAUCAAGUCAUCUGGGCAGUGUCAGGAGUGCUUCGCAGCAGGGCAGGAAGAGAGGUGUAAGAAGAAGAAGUUCAGUGCCGAUCGGGAUGGGGAAGGGCUUUAGGAGGUAUAGUUCGAAUUUGGGGAGUUCAGGGGUUGUUGGGGGUGGAGGGGCGAGUUGGGGCGGGACAUGA